GAUUGCAUAUUGGUAGACAACAGUGGUUCAGAGAAUGAUCCACUCUGUGGUCUGCUUGUCACUUAUUGUUUACUCUUUUUCUCAUUCAAGUUCCAGGGCCAUUCACACUCCUGUGUUCUGGUCGAAUGGUUUCUACCAUUUGGUGAUGCACCGGACCACUUGACAGGAAUGUGGGUCAUAGUGCUGGAGGUAAAUGCUGCUGGACACCAUGUCUGA